UCAGUUUCCGUCCCCUUGGCUUCCUCGCAGCACCCAUCAGUGCUCAGCCCCCUGGGGCCCUGCCCGGCCUGAGGUCGCCCUCAGCCCCUCUGCCUGUGGAAGUUUCCUUACCCCCAAUGAGAGGAGGCGCGGGCCCGGGUCUCUGGAGAGCUGAGGGCUGAGGGCACUGACUGAGCAAACGCAUCGCCCCGUCCCCUCUGUCCCCGAGGACACUUGUACCCUCCAUGUGGAGCCAAGAUGGGGAACAGAGCCGAGGAAGAUUAUAACUUUGUCUUCAAGGUGGUGCUGAUCGGCGAGUCAGGCGUGGGGAAGACCAACCUGCUGUCCCGAUUCACGCGGAAUGAGUUCAGCCACGACAGCCGCACCACCAUCGGGGUGGAGUUCUCCACCCGCACGGUCCUGCUGGGCACCGCUGCCAUCAAGGCUCAGAUCUGGGACACGGCCGGCCUGGAGCGGUACAGAGCCAUCACCUCCGCGUACUACCGAGGUGCAGUGGGGGCCCUGCUGGUGUUCGACCUGACCAAGCACCAGACCUACGCGGUGGUGGAGCGCUGGCUGAAGGAGCUCUAUGACCACGCCGAGGCCACCAUCGUCGUCAUGCUCGUGGGCAACAAGAGUGACCUCAGCCAGGCCCGGGAGGUGCCCACUGAGGAGGCCCGAAUGUUUGCUGAAAACAAUGGACUGCUCUUCCUGGAGACGUCAGCCUUGGAUUCCACCAAUGUCGAGCUGGCCUUUGAGACUGUCCUCAAAGAGAUCUUCGCAAAAGUCUCCAAGCAGAGGCAGGGCAGCGCCCGGACCAGCGCCAUCACCCUGGGCGGCACCCAGGCUGGGCAGGAGCCAGGCGCUGGGGAGAAGAGGGCCUGUUGCAUCAGCCUCUGACCUGGGCUCACCCCAAUCCUGCCCCCAUGGCUUUCUGGCACCCCACUCCUCGCCCGCUCGGGGACCUGCCCCUGCCCUGUGGCUCCCGAUGUCAGAGCGGCUCCCGAUGUCAGAGCGGCUCCCCGUUCCCAGCGCCAUGCACCACGGGGCUUUGAGAGCAUCAUGGUCCCCCCCACCCCCGGUCUCUGCUACCCGUUCCCCGCACCACACACACUUGGUCUUCCAAUAAAGCUGUUUUGUACCGAC